AUGUCGUUCGAGAAACUUGACUUAGAACCUCUUUUCGCCAAAAUCGAUGAGUUGAAGCCUGCCUUCAUCGAAAGAUUGAGCAAGGCCAUUGCAAUUCCAUCCGUUUCGUCCGAUGAACUGCUUAGACCUAAGGUGGUGGACAUGGCUGCCUUUUUGGUGAACGAACUCACUGGCUUGGGCUUUACAGACAUCCAAUUGAAGGAUUUGGGUAAACAGCCUCCUCCAGUGGCUGACCCAAACCUUCAGUUGCCACCAAUUGUGUUAGCUAGAUUUGGUUCAGACCCGGCAAAGAAGACUGUCUUGGUCUACGGCCAUUACGACGUGCAGCCUGCCUUGAAGGAGGACGGCUGGGCUACUGAGCCAUUUACCAUGUACCAUGACACUGCCGCAGACAUCUUGUACGGACGUGGAUCUACUGACGACAAGGGACCUGUGAUGGGUUGGUUGAAUGUGGUGGAAGCUCACAAUGCCUUGGGCUGGGAGCUUCCAGUCAACUUAUUGUGCUGUUUCGAGGGUAUGGAGGAGUCCGGCUCGCUCGGAUUGGACGGUCUCAUUGCCAAGGAGGCCAAGCAGUACUUCAAGGAAGUGGAUACCGUGUGUAUCAGUGACAACUACUGGUUGGGCACCACCAAGCCAGUUUUGACUUACGGAUUGAGAGGAUGCAACUACUACCAAGUGGCCAUCAACGGCCCUGGUGCAGACUUGCACUCGGGUAUUUUCGGUGGAGUCAUUGCUGAGCCUAUGACUGACUUGGUCCAGGUGUUGUCCAAGUUGGUGGACUCCACAGGUAAGAUCUUGAUUCCAGGCGUGGACGACAUGGUUGCUCCAUUGACUGAGAAAGAGGAUACCUUGUACGACGACAUUGACUUCUCUGUAGACGAGUUGCACGCAGCCUCAGGCUCCAAGACUGGAUUGUACGACAACAAGAAGGACAUUUUGAAGCACAGAUGGAGAUACCCAUCCUUGUCGAUCCACGGAGUGGAGGGCGCAUUUUAUGGUGCUGGAGCCAAGACCGUGAUUCCCGCCAAGGUUAUUGGUAAGUUCUCUAUCCGUACUGUGCCUGAUAUCGAUUCUGCAAAAUUGGACCAGUUAGUGAUUGACUACGUCACCAAAGUUUUCAAUGAGAUCGGUUCCAAGAACUCCAUGGUGGUCGAGUUGAUCCAUGACGGUGCAUACUGGGUGUCUGAUCCAUUCAAUGAGUCAUUCACAGCUGCCUCUAAGGCCACCGAGCACGUGUGGAAUAUCAAGCCAGACUUUACUAGAGAAGGAGGUUCGAUUCCAAUCACUUUGACUUUCGAACAGGAGCUCAAGACUCAGGUGCUCUUGUUGCCUAUGGGUAGGGGUGACGACGGAGCACACUCCAUUAACGAGAAGUUGAAUGUCAGCAACUAUAUCAAUGGGUGCAAAACCUUGGGAGGUUACUUGCACUACUACGGUAAGCAGUAG